UUGUCUCUGUAUUCCACGAGAAGUGCCGACCUCCCCCUCCCAAUAAUUUUUGUGCUUCAGCAAGCGCGUGCGAUCAGCGUGCUCACUUGCUUUUAACACGCAAUGUUCAUCUGCUUGCACUGCUAAGCACGCUCCAGUACAUAUCCAUAGACAUCGUUCUCAUCAUCAAAGAACCUGACGCAUAAAGAUCAACAGCCACCAUGAAAGCCGCUUCGAGGAGUCCUCUGAUUUUCAAGCCGCUGCUCCAUCCUUACUUCAGGACCCGUACCAGGCGGCCGUGCUUGCGGAUGCAGGGGACGGCCGGAAAAGAUUCCGACGACUGGAGGUUGGGUGGCAGGAUGGUGGACGAGAACAUGAUUGUGCUGAGGAUGAGGAUUCAGGAGAUGAAGAUGGCGGAGAGCAAGUGGGAGGCGCCGUCGCACUGGAUGAAGUGGGAGAAGAGGUACUAUGCCUCGUAUUAUGCGGAUGUGUGCGAAGGGGUGGGUCAGUUGCAGAGGUUUCUGAUGAGCACAAGGCCCGGCGUGGCUCUGGGGAUGCUCCUGCUGCUCGCCUCGAGCCUACCCAUUUCUGUUCUUGCAGUUCUGCUCUGUUUGAUCAAGUAGAUGGCAGACGUCAUCUUCCACCGUAAGACGAAUGAUCGAGUUUAGAUUCAUGGACUAGUUGACUGUGUGCAGUUAAGAGCUUCUUUUUAUUCCUUUUUUUUAACUUAAUUUGGCAGUUCUGCUUGUGCUCUUUUGAUGGUCACUUUGUCUGAGAUUGUACAUGUACUUGGUUUCAUAUUAUUAUAUAUGCUUGUCAUAUGGAAAAAUCUAUACAUUUUUAUGUGGAAUUCUGCGAGUUCCUCCGCUGGAACUUGUCAUAAUAAUGGAACUUGUUUCUAGUAUAUUUUUAAAGCACAUUUUCCCAAACUUGAGGAGCACUUUUCAUCUUCUGCAACUUGAUUUUUUAUGAACACCUUGUAUGGAGUCACUGUAUGCAUUCGUUUUUUGCCUUCAAGAAAGGAGAGACAGGC